CAAUCAUUUCACUAAAAAAACCUCAUCAUUUUCUCACUAUAAAAAUCUAAACUUUGCAUCAACAAGCACUCCAAAAUCUUGUUACAAAUUUCAUUCACCAUUUUUUUGUUAUAAUUCAUCAAAAAUUAGUCCAUUAUUAAUUUUAUACUAUUAUUUUUAAAAAGGUCCAAAAUCUUGUUACAAAUGUCAGAAGAACACCAAGAACCUGAAGCCCAAAUCAUAACAACACCACUUUUAAUAAAAACAGAACAAACCCAUGUUAUAUAUGAAGACCAAGAACAAGAAAGUUGUAAUCUUGAUGAGUGUCUUCAAAGACUGGAUUUUUAUUUAUUAUUAUUGGGAUUUAAUCAAGAUUCUUUUCUGAGAUUUGGGAUAUCAUGGUUUGUGUUUUUAAUGAUUGGUGUUGUGGUUCCUGUUGUUGUACUUAUGAUGACAACUAAUUGUGUGAAAUGUGAUCUUUAUCAAGUUAAAGGAUUUGAGCUUGUUGUGGUUUCUUCACAUGCUUCUUUGGCUGCUUCUGCUUUGCUUUGUCUUUCACAUAAUUUGAGGAAAUAUGGGAUUAGAAAGUUUUUGUUUGUUGAUCAGUAUAAUGGUCAUGUUCAGAGAUUCUCAGAGGACUAUGUUCACAAGAUUUCUGAAUCUAAGCGCGCACUAGUGUUGUGGUUUCUUCCGUGUCUUGUCUUGAAGAUUAUUCGUGAAGUUAUGCGUAUGAUGUACAUGCAUCACAAUUCAUGGUGGGAGUCUUGUGGUGUUUUGGUUACUUUGACUUUGUCAUGGACAUACGUGACUGUGAUUUUUUUAUCAUCUUGUUUAGUGUUCCAGUUGGUCUGUAAUUUGCAAAUUAUCCACUUUGAUGACUACGGAAACCUUUUAGAAAGAGAAACCGAUGUUUUGAUAUUCAUAGAAGAGCAUGCUCGUUUACGCCAUCAUUUGUCAAAGAUAAGCCACAGGUUCCGGAUUUACCUUCUCCUUGUGUUCAUAGUGGUCACCUCAAGUCAAUUUGCUACUCUAUUCCAAAUCACAGAGUUCAGGGAUAAAGUAACAUUCAUAAAUGGUGGUGAUUUUGCGGUUUCCUCGAUUGCACAGGUUGUUGGAGUAAUUCUCUGUUUAAAUGCUGCAGCAAAGAUUUCCCACAGAGCACAAGGCAUUGCAGCACUAGCAAGUAGAUGGCACGCUUUAGCUUCAUGUGGUCCUGAUGAUUCGUCUCAAAUGAGAUUUUCAAACAGAAAUGGAAGCUUUGAGGCUGCAAGUAACUUAUUCAGAUCAGUUUCUUCAGAAAGUGAUAUGGAGGUUAUGAAUUAUGUUCCACUCCCCACAAAUGCACAACUCACGUCGUACCUAUCUUCUUAUCACAGGCGGCAAGCAUUUCUUAUGUAUUUGCAGAAUAAUCCAGGAGGCAUUACUUUGUAUGGCUGGACUGCGGACCGGACACUUAUAAACACGAUUUUCUUCAUUGAGCUGUCACUCGUUCUCUUUGUGCUUGGAAGGACAACCGUGUUUACUACAACCAACUGAUAGCCAGUCUUGAUUCUUCUUCUGCAAUGUUACAGUCACUUUCAAGAUGGAUCAAGAUUUCUUCAAAUUUCCAGGUCAUACUGUGAGCUUCUGUUCUUAUUAACAACGACGUUUUAAAAAUGAGAAUGCAGUUGGGCUACACACGAGCCCACACCUUAAUUUAUAUAUAUAGGAUAACACAAUUUAUCCAAAAAUUUUUUUUUUCAUUUUGUAUAGUUGGCUAUUUGUUUGAAGUUUAAAGUUUGAACUAUCAUCAUGACAUUCUUUAUGGUUUGAAAGACCAUUAAAAUAUAAAAAUGUACUAGCUAGGAUCAAAUUCACCGUGAACUCUAUCCGUUUGUAAGUAAAAACAUACAUCGCAUCAUUUAUACUGUUA